AUGCUAUCCCUCAUUUUCAGCCAGUGGCAUCGCAACGAUGAGAAGGACACUAACUUCCAAGAAAUACUCAAGUCAUUAUGUCUGCGAGCACAAUGCCUCAAGCAGACUUUUCCUGAUGUUAUACCAAUGCCAUCCUUUCUGCAAAAGAUUCGCUUCAAGAGUGUUUGGGAAAGGAUGCGCUUGCAAAGGGACUAUCAACGAAAACUGAUCAAUUUUCAUAAGGACACUUUUGAUCCAUACAUGAUUCGGGACCUGACAGAUCAGCUCAUGAUGUACGUGGAAAAUGGCGAUGACAAAGGUUUGUUUGCCAGUGAUGACAUGGAGAACUUACUGCUUGAAAUAUCUGGAAGUGGUUUUGAAGAAACAGCUAUUACACUUACUUGGUUGUUGGGUUACAUGGCAAUGUACCCUGCUGUACAAGGUCAGGUGCAGAAAGAACUUGAUUAUGUGGUGGGACGUGACAAAGAUCCAUGUUUGGAUGACCAGGCAUUAUUGCCCUAUACUGUGGCAACUAUUUGUGAGGCCCAACGUAUGGCUACUGUCAUGCCUUUUCUUUACCCUCACCAAGCUGUCAAGAAAAGUAUGCUUCAAGGUUAUGAUAUCCCAAAAGAUACUUGGGUUUUGUGCAAUGUCUGGAGCAUUCAUUAUGAUGCAAAAUACUGGAAAAAUCCUAAAAAAUUUGAUCCAACCAGGUUUUUAAAAGAUGGCAAAACUGUAUUGAUUCCAGAUUUCUUUCUCCCUUAUGGUCUGGGCAUGCGAGAAUGUCCAGGUCAGGCCCUGGCUACAUUGGAAAUCUUUCUCUACUUCUCUCAUAUUCUACAUCACAUGAUAAUCCGUUCUGCUGAUGAUACACAUUCCUUCUAUAUGGAGGGAGAGUUAGAUUCGUUUCUCCAUCACAAACCAAAGCCGUUCCUCAUCAAAGCCAUUAAAAGAGAAGACUAA